AUGUCAUCUCUUCAAUCAUCGAAAGAAGAUACAAUGUCGUCUGAAAAAACAGAUGAGAAGCAACCUGAAACUGAAAACAAAGCUGAGGAAAGUGAUGAAGAUGACGAAGAAGAGGAGGAGGAGGAGGAAGAAGAAGAAAAGGAAAAGAGUCUCAUUGUUGAAGGAAAAAGGGAGAAGAAGAAGGUAGACCGACUGACCAUGCAAGUGUCCUCGUUGCAAAAGGAACCCUUUACAAUUACACCAGGAAGAGGACAGAAGCUCUGUGAAAUUGAAAGGAUACAAUUCUUUCUGAGUAAAAAGAAGACAGAUGAACUUAGGAAUCUGCACAAACUCCUCUACAACAGGCCAGGCACUGUUGCAUCCCUAAAGAAGAAUGUGGGUCAGUUCAGUGGGUUCCCAUUUGAAAAAGGAAGUGACCAAUACAAAAAGAAGGAAGAAAUGUUGAAAAGGUUUAGAAAUGCAAUGUUGAAAAGUAUCUGUGAAGUUCUUGACUUGGAAAGAUCAGGAGUUAAUAGUGACCUCGUAAGCAGAAUAUUAAACUUCUUAAUGAACCCAAAAUCCUCAGGCAAGCCACUGCCAAAGUCCAAAAAAACACCAAGCAAAGGUGGCAAAAAAGAGCGCAGUAGCUCUGGAACAAGAAAAGCAAAACGCUCCAAGUGCCCAGAGAUCUUGUCAGAUGAAUCCAGUAGUGAAGAAGAUGAAAAGAAGGAAAAGGAUGACUCUUCAGAAGAAAAAGAAAGUGAAGAUGAGCCCCCUAGAAAAGCAUCUAAAAGAGAAAAAUCUAAAAAGAUGACUUCUAAAACCAAGAAACCUGUGAAGGGUGCCAAUGUCAAGAAGGCAGACAGCAGCACUACUAAGAAGAAUCAGAACAGUUCUAGAAAAG